CUAAUUUUUCUAAUGCAAGCCGUGCAUCCCCUUCCACAGCCCCGCCUUAUUGGCCUGUCGGAGGAUUUCGACAAGUUUGUCCAAAAAUGGCCUGUGUACUUUAAGCGAAGAGAAAAAGCAGCAGAGGACAAUCCGCUUCCCGCUGUGUCGCCGAGUCUGGAGGGUCAAUCCGCACUCCAAAACCGGCUCUCGGGUUUUGCGGGUCCUAUCUAGGCUGCCGGAUAUUAGCCUCUGGGCCUACGACCACUACCGGUGCGCGCCGAAUUUAUUGUCUAUCCUUCACACUACUCUGCAGACGCAUGCG